UCAGACAGACAUUCCAGCAGUAGACGAAUGGAUGAAACGAAGUGAGCAGGGCCCUUGGACGAGGCUAUGCCAGAUGUUGCAUCACCCCCACCAGAGGUGAUAGAUGGGGCUCCAGUAUACGCGGUCCAUAGGUUGCUGGACUCCAGGAGACGUAGCAGGCAGCUGCAGUACCUGGUGGAUUGGGAGGGGUAUGGCCCAGAGGAUCAAUGCUGGGUGUCUGCUAAAGACAUACUGGAUCCGGCUCUGGUUGCUGACUUUCGCAGCCGACACCCACAGAAGCCAGCUCCUCGCCCCAGAGGUCACCCACGUAAGCAGCUGUCCUGCUCUCUUCCUACCCGAUCCUCAGGGAGAGGAUCCGUUGGUCCAGCACCUCGGCGGUGCAGUUCACGCCCCUGUUCGGAGAUGCGGUGGUGCGCGUGGUGGUCGUCCUGGUCGGCCUCAGUCCGAGGCCCACUCGGACUCUUUGGGGGGGGUGAUACUGUCACGCAUCGGGAAGAUUCGGACUUCAUUUCCCAGCAUACAUGCAGAGAUCACGUGUCAGAACAACUUCCCUUGGACUCGGAAACCGUAACGGACCACAAUCCUUCAGGAGAUCACAUGACAUCACACAAUCACAUGCACACCUAUCAGCGCUCCCAAUCUCCAGAAUACUAAUGUUGUGCACCUGUGUAUCUUGUCAUAUGACCAUAUUAGCUUAGUAUACAAAACCGGGCUUUAGAUUUAGACAUUGCAAGGUAUUGUUUAUCCAAGAACUUACUGAGCAUUAUAUUCUGAUUGUCUUUGCCUGUUAUGACCUGUUCUUUGUUUCCCUGACCUUGUUUUUUGCUUAACCCCUUUGUACUGCUGCCUAUUGUUGUGGAUCUGUGUUUUUGACCUUUUGGCUUAUU